UCCAAAAGUCUCGGCAGGUAGGAAUCCGGCCUUGCCGCUAGCGGCUGCCCAGCCGUGGAUUCGCCGUUGUCCAAGGUGCUGAAACCUCAUCCAUCCAUCAAGGCAAAGCUCCCCAGCGCCCACUGCUCCACACCUGCACCAACCUGCUUUCUGGGAUUUGUUUUAGCCAAGGGUUUUGUUUGCUCCAGAUCCUGAUUUGGAAGUUGAAGUGUUUCACCACCAAGUUCAGCCAAGUUGCUGUCCCAGGUCCAGAUGACUGUGUAAAGUCUCCGCAAAUGGAAGGGUCUAACGGCUCCAGUUUUGGGAUUGACUCGAUUCUGUCUCACAGAGCAACCAGCCCCGUCUUGGCCAAAGGAGAGCCGCUGAUGGGCGACUGCAGGUCUCCCCAGGAGGUGAAAGCCGGUCUGAGCCCGGUGUCGGAUGUAGGUAGCGAGCAGAGCUCGCCUUCCUCGCCCGGCCUGGAGUGCGCCGAGGCGGCACCGCCGCUGCCGGGGGCCGCAGGCGGGAUCGAGUCGCAGGCGCACCCGGGGCAACUGUGUGCCGCUCCCCAGCCCAGGACUGCUACUUCCUCCUUCCUUAUCAGGGACAUUCUCGGAGACUGCAAGCCAUUAGCGGCCUGCGCCCCAUACUCAAGCAGCGGGCAGACUCCCCAGGAUGCAGCUCAUAAACGCGGGGAAGAAUUCCUCGAGAAACUGGAGAAAAGGGAGAACUCGUCCUCAGACACGGAAUAUAAAGUUAAGGAAGAAGCAGAGAGAGAGAUCUCGAGUAGUCGGGAGAGCCCGCCUGUGCGGUUGAAGAAGCCACGGAAAGCUCGCACGGCCUUUACUGAUCACCAGCUCGCUCAGCUGGAGAGGAGCUUCGAAAGGCAGAAAUACCUGAGCGUGCAGGACAGGAUGGAACUGGCGGCUUCACUCAAUCUCACAGACACUCAGGUCAAAACCUGGUACCAGAACAGGAGGACGAAGUGGAAAAGGCAGACGGCGGUGGGACUGGAACUCCUGGCAGAGGCGGGUAAUUACUCGGCCCUGCAGCGCAUGUUCCCAUCUCCGUACUUCUACCACCCCAGUGUCGUCUCCAACCUGGAACCGACGGCCAUGUACAUGUACCGGGGUCCUGCCGCUCCUCACCCCGUCAUCCAGCGACCCCUCGUCCCGCGGGUGCUCAUCCACGGACUGGCAGCGGGGGGCGAGCAGCCGCCGCCUCUGCCCGGCCUCGCAGGUGUCCUUCCUCGGCCGCCGCAGCCACGGUGAGCCGCCGUUAUCCAACAGCCCCUUUACACCCCUACUCCCCACCGCCUGGACUUCAGUGAGAAUCACACAAACACACACAGACAGACAGACAGAGAUA